AUGGGGUGUAUGGUGGCACAGGAAGGAGACGAUGGGGUUGAAAGGGCUAUAUAUUAUCUAAGCAAAAAGAUGGUUGGAUGCGAAGAACUCUAUACUCCAUUGGAAAAGACUUGUUGGGCACUUGUUUGGGCUUCCAAGAAGCUGAGCCAUUACAUGCUGGCAUACCCGGUAAGGUUAAUCUCUCGAAUGGAUCCUUUGAAGUACCUAUUUGAGAAAGCAGCUCUCACGGGGAAGCUGGCACGCUGGUUGCUUAUGUUGGUAGAGUUUGAACUCAAAUAUGUCACAAGGAAGUCAGUAAAAGGAAGGGUCGUUGCGAAGUUUUUGGCUGACUAUCUGGUUGAAGGAGGAGAAGAUACCGAGUUUAAGUUUCCUGAUGAAGAUUUGAUGAUCAUAGCUGAAGACAUUUGGAGGUUGUACUUCGACGAGGCUGCUAAUCAAAAAGGGUUUGGAAUUGGUGUGCUGAUAAUAGCACCCGACGGAUCCCAUAUACCGCUUGCGUUCAAGUUAAAUUUUGAAGUCACCAAUAAUCAAGCAGAGUAUGAGGCUUUGGUGGGAAACUCGAACUUAGUGGUGUCACAAGCCAAUGGCGACUGGAAAGUCAAUGAGGAAAAGCUAAAGCCAUAUCAUCAAGACCUUGAAGAUCUCAUCCCUCAUUUCAACAAGGUAACUUUUAUUCACGUACAAAGGCUCAAGAAUCAAUUUGCGAAUGCUUUGGCAAUGCUGGCAUCCAUGAUUGAAAUCCCCGUCGGUGUGAAACUAAGACCCAUUAUGAUUGAACAAAGAGAUUCCCCGGUGUACCAACACGUUAUGGUUAUUGAUGAACCUGAUGAUGGCAACCCCUGGUAUUAUGACAUUUGGAGAUUUGUGGAAAGAGGAGAAUAUCCUGCUGACGCAAGCAAGAAAGACCCAAUUGCUCUCCAAAGGCUCGCAGCCCAAUACAUCAUCUGCAGGGAAAAUUUGUAUCGGAGAUCACACUAUGGAAUGCACAAGCUAUGUAUCCAUGGAGCAGAAGCAGAAAGAGUGAUGAAGGAGAUUCAUAAAGGAGUCUACGGACCUCAUAUGAACGGCAUGAUGCUCGCCAAGUGUGGGCAGCAUGCCCUUAGGAAAUUCCGUUUUCCUAAUGGUGAGGGCCCGUAUCGAGGGAGCGCGAGCGUGGAUGGCAAACACUAA